AUGGGUAUUCCUAUGCAGAUAUAUCAGGGCCAGAACAGGGUGCUAUUUUACGACAGGAGAAGUCAGAACGAGCCAGAUGAACGUGUUAAUCGGUAUUGUUACUACACUGCAAGUAACGACUACCCACAGCUGCCAAAUGCGAUAAAGGAGCAGAUUUGUCGGUUUUUGUCGAGCAGCCUGGGAGAAAAUGAUUUGGAAGCGGAAAACUCGGUUGAGGACGAGGAAGAGGUUGAAGAUGGUCCUCGAAGUGACACAGGAUUGGAAUUUGUUAGGAUUAAUAACCAUUUUUCUUCCCAUGACUUGCGAAGUUUUAAAAGUUAUAAAAAUUUUAACAACGAGUACUGGAUGUUCUAUUCUGACGAAACAGAUGAUAGGAAAGUAGUGCUGUAUGAUUUUAAGGAUCAGCAUUUCAUCGUCAUUAAGCAGCAAUUCCAUGGCCAGCUGAACUUAUUGUUGUCGAACACAAUAACCUGUAUGGACUGUAAUUUUGAUUAUAAUACAAGCACCGUUCAAGUCCUGAUUGGUUUUCAGAAUGGAAAGCUCUUAAAACUAUGCUGUGACUUGAAUGGAAACGUUAAUAAUCACCUACUUCUGAAGGACCCUUCAACUUCCUUUUAUCAGCAUGGGAGAAAUCGGUCUAUACUAAAUGUUUGGGCAGGUUUGCUGCCCCAUUUUGUUGUAUCAUUUGGUAUGGAAGAGGGACUGCUAAUAACUUCUCUGAAUCACCAGCAAGCAAACGGGGAUUUACAGAGUUUCAAAACAAGUUUUGAUUUACCUAGAAAUCUAGGAAGUGCCACAAAUGCCAAGUCCGUUUUAAAUUUUCCACAGUUUACUCUAUACAAGGGAGACAGCUUGAUAUGUCACUGUGAUAAUGUCUUGGAGCCUACUGAUUCUGCAAACAAGGAAUUAGAUUUUAUGUUGAAAAUAGAUGAAUGUGUUCAAAAUAUAGAUUAUCUUUCAAGAACAGACCAUGUCCUGGUUGAAUCGAACUUGAGAUAUCUCUCGAUUCCAGUACCAAACUCUACCGACGAUCCUAGCUCUAUUGAAAACAAUAAAGAAAUUUGUCCGAUCUUCUACAAGACACAAGAACUUAAUAUGCAUGAUCCAAGAACAGGGCGCCAAACAGCAAACAAUGGCAAGUAUAUUUUUAUAACAGAGCAGCAUCUUUACGGGACGGCGCUCUCGGUAUACAAAUAUUCGACAUCUUUCGAACGGUGGUCGUUUGUUGGUUAUUCAGAUAUCAGGGCUAAGUAUGGCAUAAAGAAUGUGAAAGACAUUUUUGUAGGUAAUUGCCCCUCCAUAAAUAGCCCAAUUGUGGCCAUCCUUACUGAUGAUAAUAACAUUCAAACAAUUCUUCUUAAAUAG